AUGGUAGAGGAGGCCUUCAACAAUUCCGGAAAGUCUGUUCGGAUUUUCCCCGCCGCCGAGACGCAGGCUAUUGCCAUCGCUGGGCAGAGAAGGUCAAGCCGAGAACGUCAAGCGACCCCCUUUUUCAAGGAGGAACUGGAGAUGCCUGAAGCUGACCGCACGGUGAAGUUCAACGACAUGAUCAGCGCCAAG